AUCCAGCCUCAGCGCGCCUUGAAGGUUAAUCUCACUCACGAGAGUUACGUGGUUGUUUGCGCUUUCUGCGUCAUGUAGGUUGGAGCAGCGACUGCAACAUCAGGUCUUUGGCCUACUCAACAUCCUGCCGCCCCUUCAGUCCAGCUCCGCAAGACGCCAUGGACACAGCCGGCGCCCCCAAGGCGGCGUCGCCCAAGAUAAUCAAGAAUGCUAAGGGCAAUAUCGUACCGAGUAGUCAGAUGGCGCACAUCGCGUAUGGCUGUGAGCACAUGGGCGAGAUGAUGGAGAAUGCGCGCAAGCAGACCCUCCAGCACUACCGACUUAUUCUUCACACGAUACACGAGAAGCCUCGCAUAAUAUCGCAAACAUACAUGUCCCCGAUCGAUGGCCAACCCGUCGUCUCGCUCCUCCCGCUAUACCUCUGCCUUCAAUGUCCCAGCAUCAUGACCGAGACCGACCGAGAUCAGCAUUUUGAGACAAAAUCGCACUGCUUCUCGGUCGAGUCGAGAGAAGCCUACAUCUACUGUGGAAAUUGCCAGGACUUCAUAUACGAUCCAGCACUUGAGGUUAUAAGGCUACAAAAGGGCAAGAAGCGAAAGCACGAAGACACGACCACGGCCGACGAUCACAAACUGGUAGUGAACAACUCCACCUUCCUCCCCUGUCGAGCGAUUGGCCUGCGCGGGCUCUACAACAUGGGGCAAACGUGCUUCAUGAGCGUUAUACUACAGACACUAGUACACAACCCAUUCAUACGAAACUUCUACCUCUCCGAAGGACACAAAACGGCCGACUGCGAAAGAGAAGCAUGUGUGAGCUGCGCGUUGGACGAGAUGUUCGUUGAGUUUCACUCAGCUGAGAAGACGGAGGGCUUCGGAGCAGUCAGCAUGCUUAUGGGGAGCUGGCUGGCAGGAGAGGCCCUUGCGGGAUACAACCAACAAGACGCUCAUGAGUACAUGCAGUUCAUACUCAAUGCGCUGCAUUUGGCGAAUGGGGGUUCUUCUGAUUCGGAAGACUGCACUUGUAUAGUCCACCAGACCUUUUGUGGGCAGCUCUCAAGCACCGUGACAUGCGACAACUGCCGUAACGUCACAACUGCACAAGAUCUGUACAUGGACCUCAGUCUCGACGUGAAGAACCAAUCCAAGAAACGGAAGCUGAAUGCUGGCAACGCGGACGAAACGCCGCUGAACAUUCGAGACUGCCUCGAGAGAUUCACAGCCAAAGAGAAAUUAGGGUCAGCUGAAUACACAUGUCGGAAUUGCGACAGCCCGCAGAACGCAGCAAAGCAACUCAGUAUUCAUCGACUACCGCCAGUGCUAUCAGUCCAUCUAAAGCGCUUCGAGCACACAAAGGCUCAAUCCUCCAAAAUCGAGACGAAAGUCGUCUUUCCUAUGAAACUGGACAUCUACCCAUACACCACUCAAUACAAAGAACAAGCCAAAGCCACGAAAGGUUCCGAUGCACCCGGUCUGAACCACAACGGCCUCAUUUACGAACUCUCUACUGUAAUCGUACACAAGGGCAAGAUGGACUCUGGACACUACGUCAGUUACUCGCGCGAAGGCGGUGACUGGUUUCUGUUUGAUGACAGUAAAGUGGUGCUGGUUGGUGAGGCGGAGGUUCUUGCUGCGGAAGCAUACCUUUUGUUCUACAUGAUCAGCAGCCUCGAAGUAUGAGUAUGCCUUUUCCCCUUUUCUGUUACUUGUAUUCCAUUUCAUGUAUCUUCUUUUUCUCUCAGGGCGACGGUUCUGCUGAACAUCUGCCGAUUGUCGGUAUGUUGACGGAGAUUAAUAAAUAGUGUGCGCUGCAUUCUUGGCGUUGAACUGCGGGUAUAGAGGACGGGGUAUGCUGCUUCUUAAACUGGCCAAGUCGAUGGCACUGGGUGGGUCUUUAGUAGGGAGAGAGUGCAUAGCG